AUGACUGAUGAAUUCAAUCGAUAUUAUAUCAAAAUUCGAGCUAUUUUGGGAAUAGAUUCAAAAACAAUCUUUGACGAACUUACAGAGGCAUUGGGACCUGAUGCUCCAUCAUAUCCAACAGUCAGAAGAUGGGCGAAACGUUUUCGUGAAGGAAGAGACGAUGUCACUGAUGAUCCUCGAUCUGGUCGUCCGAUUUCGGUACUUACAGAUGAAAAUGUUGAACGCGUUCGACAAGUUAUCGAAGAUGAUCCACACUCAACUUAUGAUGAUAUUAUGGGUGAGACUGAUCUAUCACGUGGUACAAUAGAACGAAUUAUUCAUGAUCGUCUAAAGAUGAGAAAAGUUACAUCACGUUGGGUUGCUCAUCAACUUACUGACGAACAAAAACAAAAACGACUUAGAAUUUGUCGUCAAAAUUUAGAGAAAUUUAGAAAUGGAACAUGGCAUUUAUGUGAUGUUAUUACUGGUGAUGAGACAUGGAUUUAUCACAGGCAGAUUGGUCGAAAGUCAAGCAAUGCUACUUGGGUUGGCGAAAAUGAACUACCAAGAACCAUUGUUCGUCGGAAUAGAUUUGAACCUAGAACACUAUUUUGCUUCUUCUUCAAAUCCACUGGUUCUCUUCUCAUACACAAAGUAGAUAAGGGCAAGACAAUCGAUCAUGACUACUAUAUUGAUAAUUGUCUUAUACCUGUUAUCAAUGAAAUAAGAAAAAAGGAAAAGUCAUCACGUACUACAUAUAAAAUGCUUCAUGAUAAUGGUCCUCCUCAUACUCAUCCAGAUGUUAUUGAUUAUUUAAUGGAGGAAGGAAUCGAAAUCAUUCCACAUCCACCAUAUUCACCAGAUCUCGCACCGUGUGACUUUUGGCUAAAUGAUUAUAUCAAGAACAAGUUGACGGAUCACACAAACGAAGAAUCAUUAGCUCAAGAGGUUUCCACCAUAGUGAAGAAUAUUCCAAUAAACGAGUUUAAAAAGACUUUCGAUAAACUGUUAGAAAGAAUGAAACUUUGUAUCAAAAAUAAUGGUGAUUAUUUUGAGCAUUUAAUAAAAUAAAAUAACGAAUGUCUCUUCGUUUCUGUAUUGUGGUUUUAUGUUGGCAUGAUCUUUUCUUGGCUAUAAAUACUAUAGAUUUAGUCUGAAAGGAUGUUAGAACUAAGUCUAAGAGAGAGUUGCUCUAUAUAUUAUUAAAGACGAGACGUUAUACUAUAUAUUGCCUUAGUAAAAUAUUCAAUAUUUAUUGCUUUAUUAAAUUUUAAAAACUGUGAUCAGAACUUUUGGUAUACCCUAAGUAAUGAUAGAUAAUGCAUUGAAAAUCUAUGCAUUGACAUACAUCACUAGAAAUAAUGUAGAAAUGACUCUAAAUUACACCCUCGACGAACUUCUUUUGGUCUGUGCGGGAGAUACUUGAGAAUCUUGAUCGAGAAAGUCAUGCGCUAUGAACAAAUCUUGAGGUAAGACUUGAGAUCUCUCGGUGAACUCAAGUUCUUGAACUUCGCGUUCUAUCACUUAAUAUUCUUGCUCAUGCGCUUGAAACUCUUGUCCAUGCGUUUGAAUUCUUACUCAAGCGUUUCUAUUAUUAAUGAGCUUUUUUACUUUUUUUUCCAAUUUUACGUUCAAAAUAACUCAACUUUUAAUAAAAAUUCAUAAUUGUAUUUUCUUGGAUUGAGCACAUGAGUUUCUUGUGAUUGUGACUCAUGCAAAUAAUCAAGCGUUUGUCUUGAGCAAGAAAAUGAUGUGCUAUCGCAAAUCUUGAAGUCUGCGCAGAUCAAGAGCAUGAAAAAAAAGUUCGCCUAGGGCACGGAAGAGCAAUGUUUUUCAACGCAUCGUUGAGUGAUAAUGUUAUAACUAGUGAAAAUACUUUGAAGAAAAAUGAAUUACCAUACAUUAGUAAACCUAAUAUAAAAGUUUCUUGAAGUUCGAUAAAUCUAUAAUGCAUUGUGGGCAUUAUUAGCUUUAGUAUUGCAGUUUUGAGAGUUUGCUACAUUAUGAGAAAGAGAGGUGACUAGAUAAGCGUUGAAGUGAUCAAAAUGAGAGUGCUAGGACAUGUUUCAUAUUAAGUCAAUUCUGAAAGCAUUCUUCCAAAUUUG